AUGGUAGCAGAAGUGGGAAAAAGAUGGGACAAUGCAGGAGGAAGUACAGGUUUAUUGAUGGACUUAGCAGCUAAUGAAAAGGCAGUUCAUGCAGAUUUCUUUAAUGAUUUUGAAGAUCUUUUUGAUGAUGAUGACAUCCAGUGAAAUUAGUCUUCCAGCUAUGCAAUGCUAAGUUGCGGAAUCCUCCUGUGGCAUUGUCUCUUUUGUUUCUUUUAAAAAAAAAAAGGAGAAUCUAUAUUUUAUCUCUGAAGAGUUAUUGGAAACUAGAAGAUUGGUAAAGAUGUCAGAAGAAAGGAAUCAUCACUCUGUCAUCCCUUGGGCUCUACACAAUUAUUGACUACAACUGUUAUCGUUAGAAGGUUACAUGUAGAUUUUCUUCAGUUUUACUUGCUGAUGUGCUUGUUGAAUAAAGUAUGAACAAAUUCUCUCCCC